AUGUCGAAGCUAAGCCGAGCUACUCGUGCCCUCAGAAAGCCCGAACCCGGAGGCGUGAUCCGGACUAUUGUGCGGGCGGGUCAGGCCAUGCCUGGGCCCCCACUAGGCCCCAUCCUGGGUCAGCGAGGCGUUUCCAUCAACCAGUUCUGUAAGGAGUUUAACGAGAAGACAAAGGACAUCAAAGAUGGCAUCCCUCUGCCUACUAAGAUUUUUGUGAAGCCUGACAGGACGUUUGAAAUCAAGAUCGGACAGCCCACUGUUUCCUACUUCCUGAAGGCAGCUGCUGGGAUUGAGAAGGGGGCUCGGAACACAGGGAAAGAGGUGGCAGGCAUGGUGACCCUGAAGCACGUGUAUGAGAUUGCUCGAGUCAAAGCUCAGGAUGACGCCUUCGCCUUACAGGAUGUGGACUUGUCCUCUGUCGUCCGCUCCAUCAUUGGCUCUGCCCGCUCCCUGGGCAUCCAAGUGGUGAAGGACCUCAGUUCGGAGGAGCUGGCAGCUUUCCAGAAAGAGCGAGCAGUGUUCCUGGCUGCUCAGAAAGAGGCCGAUCUGGCAGCCCAGGCAGAAGCUGCCAAGAAAUGA